AUGACUCUUCAGCAUCCUGACUCUUGCAAGGGAGGAAACACAAUCCCAGUCGAUAAGGACGGUCGCCCAUACCACUUUGGUGCCAACAAGGAUGAAGUUUCCAACGAGUUCCUCAUCACAUCAGAUUACUACUUGGCCGAGCAGAUUUCAAAGCUCUUCGAAGAGAAGGAGCCAUUCUGCUUCCGUUCUAACCGUGGCUACACAACAUUCACAGGCCAUUACAAGGGCAAGCGCCUUUCUAUCUGCGCUUUCGGCAUUGGCUUCGCUAUGAUCGAUUUCCUUGUCCGUGAAGUUCGCACAAUCACAAAGGGCAAGCUUACAUUCAUCGCGCUUGGUGCUGCUCCUUCUCCAGCCGGACAUGCACUCGGCACAGCCAUCAAUAUCAAGGAUGCUGUCGCUUACGAGCUUGAUUUCAACACAUUCAACGCUGAGAACCCAACACCAUACCGUUUCUUCAAGAAACCAGUUCCAGCUGAUGAAACUUUAUUCAAUGCUCUUAACGAAGGACUUAAGGCUGCCAACAUUCCACAUGUUGAGGGCAGAGUCGCUUCAAAUCCAUCCUUCAUUUCUGGUGUUAACUCAGCAGAUAUCAACGGAUUCAACUUCAAGAAGGAAGGAUUACUCCAGAAGGUCGAAGCUGAACUUGGCAAGAUUGAUACACUCGAAAUGGAUACAUAUCCACUCUACUGGACAGCUCUUCGUGAGGUUAACCACGAUAUCAAGACAGCUGCCAUCUCUAUCGUUAACUCAGACGCAAAUGGACACGCUCUUCCUGUCGAGGAACUCCGCAAGCGCCAGGUCGAGGUUGCUGCUGUUAUCCUCGAGCAGCUUGGCAAGCUCCAAUAA